GACAGGUAGCGCCAAAGAGUUGCAAGCUUGUUGGUGUCCAGUGUGUGCACGUGAUUUAACAUAUUUUGGGUGUCUCCGACGGAAAAUCUGGGCAAGCACGGGCGCCUUUUUUGGUUUGGCAAAUUAGCGCAAUUCUAUUAGCCGUUUCAUCUUAGCUCGGCGGCUAACAAAGAGCGUCGAACGCAGAGCCGAAAAUGAUUUAAGAAGCGAGGACAUACCUGUACUUGUACGGCAGUAGUGGAGCUCGUUUACGGGUUAUCUCAUCUGUUGCUCGCCGGAACGGUACCGAGGCGUCGCCUGCGGGCUUACCUACAUCAAGAAGAAACCGAAAUGCUUCUUCCUGCUUGUGACUCUCACUGACGGGGCCGCCCCCCCCUCGGAGAAAUGGACCGCACCGGCAGCUAACUCUCCCACCCCUCCGUCUUUAAUACAUCAUGUAAAAGCACUCUAUGAAGCGGAAGACAGCGCUUUGAACCAACCGUUCGCACGUUUUUCGUCUGGUCUUGUCGCAAGUACUGGGGUACGCUCGGGGGUCGAGUCACGGAGGACGGCGACGACACAUGCGAGCCUUCGCUGAAAUGAGAUGAGGCUCAGAAAUGGAACUGUGGCCACUGCGAUAAUUUUCUUCACGUCUUUCCUCAGCUUGUCCUGGUACACCGCCUGGCAAAAUGGCAAAGAGAAACUGGUAGCAUACCAGCGGGAGUUCCAUGCCUUGAAAGAACGCCUUCGUGUAGCCGAGCACAGGACGCUGCAGCGCUCGUCAGAGCUCAACAGUAUCCUUGAGCAGUUUCGCCGCGCCAUUGCCGAAACCAACAACAGCAAAGACAACCUCGCCACCUUCUCAGAUGAGACCCAGAAACUUUUGAAGCAGCUGGCCAACAGGAAACCUCUUCAUGUGCCAAACAUCUACCACCACAUGCCUCACCUCCUCAACAAUGAGGGCAGCUUGCAACCCGCCGUACAAGUCGGUCUAGGGCGCACUGGAGUUACCAUGGUGAUGGGCAUCCCCACAGUGAAGCGGAAGGUGAAGUCGUAUCUGGCGGAGACUCUGCAUUCGCUCAUCGACAAACUGUCUCCGGAGGAGAAAAUCGACUGUGUCAUUAUUGUCUACGUUGGGGAGACUGACCUGGACUAUGUUCAGAGUGUGGUUUCCGGCCUGCAGAGCGAGUUCUCAACAGAGCUGAAUUCCGGUUUGCUGGAGGUUAUUUCCCCUCCUACCACGUUUUAUCCAGAACUCAACAACCUUAAGGAAACAUUUGGUGACUCUAAAGACAGAGUCAGAUGGCGGACGAAGCAGAACCUGGACUAUUCCUUCCUCAUGAUGUAUGCAUUGAGCAAAGGAGUUUAUUAUGUUCAGUUGGAGGACGACAUCGUGGCCAAACCCAACUACUUUGCCACCAUGAAGAACUUUGCCCUACAGCUCUCGUCCGAGGACUGGAUGGUCCUGGAGUUUUCUCAGCUGGGCUUCAUCGGAAAGAUGUUCAAGGCACCAGACCUGAAUCUUAUUGUGGAGUUUAUCUUCAUGUUCUACAAGGAAAAGCCCAUCGACUGGCUGCUGGACCACAUUCUCUGGGUUAAAGUGUGCAAUCCUGAAAAAGAUGCGAAACACUGCGAGCGCCAGAAGUCCAGCCUCCGCGUGCGUUUCCGACCCUCCCUGUUUCAACACGUCGGGCUCCAUUCCUCUCUCGCCGGAAAGAUCCAAAAGCUCACUGACAAAGACUUCCUGAAGCCACUUCUCCACAAGAUACACGUGAAUCCGCCUGCGGAGGUUUCCACCUCUAUGAAGGUGUAUCAGGGCCACACACUGGAGAAGACAUACCUCGGAGAGGAUUUCUUCUGGGCCAUCACGCCCAAUGCGGGAGACUACAUCCUCUUUAAAUUCGACAGGCCCAUCAGCAUAGAGAGGUUCCUGUUUCGCAGCGGUAAUCAGGAACACCUCGGGGACAAGAUGCAAAACACCUCAGUGGAAAUACUGCCCGUCUCCGAACCUGGACCGCAGACCAAAGAGAAGUACAGGCGAACCGAGGACCGCUUCUACAGGAUCGGUCAGUUUGAAAAGGGUGUGGCUGAAGGAGCUGUGGAUCCUUCUUUCAAUCCCAUCCUGGCCUUGCGACUGUCUGUUCUCAAAAACUCCCCCGUUUGGACCAUCAUCAGUGAAAUACACAUAAAGAGGAUAGCAGGCUGACUUCUGCGCAACGACGGCUGCUGGGAGACCAAAACCUUGUAGACUGCUCAUGUUUUAGAGCCUCAGGCAACAGUGAAGUCAUCAGCUCAUUUGGGGCUGAUCAUUAAUUCUUUUAUUCACCCCUUUCCGUUUUGUCACUUUCUUACCUCAAUAGUGAGAAUGCGAAUACUGCUGUUAAUAAGCAGGAGAGCCGCGUGUGCGUCUGGCUGUGCGAUAGAAUCAUCCAGCAACUUCGGAACACAAACACGGAACCCCUGGGAAGAAUGAGGACAAAAUCAUUACGUCAACUGGCCAUUUACGUCCACGCUGCCAAAUCACUCCCGUUCAACUCAAUGCUGCCACUCUUGGGCGUGCUGGGGCAUUGCACUCAGACUAGCGCCACCAGCUGAUGCCCGUGAUGGGAAUGUACACUAACCCACAAUGAGGAAAUAUAGUGUUUAAAUCCAACACCAGCCCAAACCCACAAAAUAAUCAGUUAUCUUUAUAAAAGAAAAAUUCAGCCUGUAGUCUGUUAUAGUCAAAGAGAGCUAAAAAUGAAAACAAAAGACACCGUGUGUCCAAACCAAUCACCUAGGCGAUUUAUAAUAUAUUCAUAAAGGCUUACAGAGAUGAGGAUAUAUGAAGGUGACUUAAUUUAUUUAAGAAUCUUUUAAUUUGUACAAGAAGUGAAAUAUAUUUUUUAACCUAUUACGAGAUGUUUAUGCUUGCGCGCAAUUUGUUUUUACGUGUUUGCUCGUCUACUGUGCAUUCUCAUGAUUAUAAUAGCGACAGUUCUGGGUAGCUGUCGCCUCAGUUCAUUUCACUUGAAGCCAAUCGUCAUUAACGUUUUUUUUUCACGCAGCUAAAGGAUAAGAAAGAUGGGAACACACUUAGAUUUGUGUGUUAAAAGUGGAGAAUCGUGCCUUAUAACAGGUUCCCUAAGAGCGCACCAGUUAUUUUAAUAACGUUUGCCAACACUUCAAUGGCUAAAUAUGGUAUGUUAUUAUCAUUGUUGUUGUAAAAAUAGCAGUUCAGUCAGUGUUGGAUGUGACUACAGUUAUGUGGUAGCACAUUACUGCUUAUUUUGCACUGCUUAUUUGUCGCAUCGUCAUUGGGACCGCAGUCUUUUCAUUGUACGAGGAACAUUGGCGCCAUACUGAGAGGGGGGAAAUGUCAAGUUACAAGAAAAAUGUUGUAACGUUCGGUGAAUACGGUCAUAUUGUGAGGAAAAUGGUUUUUUUUUUUUUUUUUUUCGCGAUACCGUAUAAAGUGAUUACGUCAUUUUCUUGCUGGACAAAAAUUCAUGCAGUACAUGUAACAGCCAUGGGUUGUACCAUAUACUUAGCAUUCCCUUUAAAUAAAUAGGUUUUAUUGUAAUAUCACAACAAUUGAGCAUUUUUAGGGCUUUUUUUUUAAAAGUUUGUCUAAAGCAAUAUAGUUUUUUGGUAACACUAUUUAAAAGUGGCUUCAUAAGACUGUCAUAAGACUAUCAUAAUUAGGACAUUGCAUUUUAAGACUCAUAAUUAUGACAUGACACUGCCAUAUAAUUAUGACAUGACACUGUCAUAAUCAUUCAUUCUUAUGACAGUGUCAUGUCUUAACUAUGACAUGGUGUCAUAGGACUGUCAUAGAUGUCAUAAUUAUGGCAUGACACAGUUAUAAGCAUUUAUGAAUGCUUAUGACAGUGUCAUGUCAUAAUGACAUAAUUAUGAGUAUCAUGUCAUAAUUAUGAUAUAACAGUUAUAAGCAUUCAUGAAUGCUUAUGACUGUCAUGUCAUAAUUAUGACAUGGAACUGUCAUAAUUAUUUCAUGACACUGUCAUGAGCAUUUAUGGAUGCUUAUGACAUGACACUUAUAGGCAUUAAUGAAUGCUUAUGACAGUGUGUCAUGUGAUAACUAUGACAUGGCAUCAUAAGACUGUCAUAAUUAUGUCUUGAUUAUGACAUGGCGUCAUAAGACUGUCAUAAUCAUGAAAUGACAUUGCCAUAGGGAUUAAUGAAUGCUUAUGGCAGUGUCAUAUAAUUAUGACAUAAUUAAUGAACGCUUAUGGCAGUGUCAUAUCAUAAUUAUGAGAUAGUUAUGAUAUGACACUGUCAUAAGCAUUCAUUAAUGCUCAUGACAGUGUCGUGUCCUAUGAUAUUGCAUUGUAAGACAGUCAUAAUUAUGACAUGACCCUGUCAUAAGCAUUCAUGAAUGCUUAUGACAGUGUCAUAUCAUAAUUAUGACAUGAAACAGUCAUUAUUAUGUUAUGACAGUGUCAUGUUAUGAUUAUGACAUGGCGUCACAAGACUGUCAUAAUACUUAACAUGACAUUGCCAUAAAGAUUAAUAAAUGCUUAUGACGGUGCCAUAUAAUUGUGACAUAACACUGUCAUGAGCAUUGAUUAAUGCUCAUGACAGUGUCAUAUCAUAACUAUGACAUGGCAUCAUAAGACCAUCACAAUAAUGACAUGACAAUGUCAUGAGCAUUGUCAUAUCAUAAUUAUGACAUGACAGUGUCAUGUCGUAAUUAUGACACUGCCAUAAGUAUUCAUGAAUGCAUAUGAUGAUCUCGUGUCAUAAUUACGACUGUUUUUUUACGCCAGUGUCAAAGUGUUUCCAAUGCUUAUGACAUUGUCAUGUCGUAACUGACAUGGUGUCAAGACUGUCAUAAGACCGUCAUAAUUAUGACAUGACACUGUCAUAAGUAUUCAUUAAUGCUCAUGAUAGUGUCAUGUCAUAAGUUAUAAUUAUGACGGUCUUAUGACGCCACUGUCAGUGUUUCCAGUGCUUAUGACAGCGUCAUAAGUAUGACAUGACACUAUCAUAAGCAUUCAUUAAUGCUCAUGAAUGUUUAUGACAGUGUCAUGUCAUAAUCUUGACUGUCUAUGACUCCACCGUCAAGUAAAGUGUUGUCGAUAAUUUUUCUUUUUGAAUUGGCACUAAUCCAAGUUAUACUACAGAUUUAGUCUCAUAUAAUUCAGAUUUGUUUUACAUUUGCAAACUUCUUGCAAAAUUCUGAUUAAUUUUCUUUAACCCCACCCAAAAUUCAAGUAUGGCACUUAUACUCCUUCAUACCCUCGUUCACUCAUCCCAAUUUACUGAAUAGACUAUUUGUCCACUGACAUAUCUUUGUUGUUUAAUUCUUUUGGACCAGAAUGUCACGACUACUGAUCGUUCAGAGUGCACCUUUUUGUUCUAAGGGUUUGACAGGAGAUGUUGAAUUCAUUUACUUAUUGUAAAUAUGAAUAUGAAAAGCAAUGAGCAUCUCUGUCACUCUUGCACCUCACUUAAUAGUUUAGGAAAGGUCACAUGACUUCCAAGUUUGUUUUUUAAUCUUCUAGGGGGUAAUGAAGUGCCUUUUGGUGGAAUGGACAGAGCUGCAGUUGUGCUGUUUACACGCACAUUUGUUCAUACUUGACAAGUGUUAUUAUUGUUUGGCUAAAGCUGGCUUCUUGAUUAGACCAUCUGUUAUUUGAACUUUGGAGCCUGAUCAGAUGUGUUUACUCUGGAACAGCCAGAGAACAAAAGUUUCUUUUAUUACUUACUGGAUUGUCUUUACUCCUUAAGCGAAACGACACUGGUUGCACGUCACGGAAAGAGAAAACCCUUGUGAAUGUGGAUAGUCAAGGCAGAAAAUGUAAGUUUCAAGCUGGAAACUUACUCCUCCCAAAACAGUACACCCAUUGGUUUGUGUGCCUUCAUCGUGUUGUGUGUUGCCUGCCUCUACUGAUUUUUUUUUUUUCAUGGACACGUUUGAAAUAAAUGAGUAAACUAA